ACAAGGUACUUAUUAGAUCUAGAGAGUCGAUUUCUUUAGAUAAGGACCUUUACAAGUAUGAUAUCCGCGGGAGUCGUGCUCAUGCAUCGAUGCUCGCCAAGCAGGGAUUGAUAAGCGUCAGUGACGAAGACAGUAUUCUAACAGGUCUUGAUGCGAUCGAGAGGCGUAUUCAAAAUGGCGAGUUCGUCUGGAGAGCUGAUAGGGAAGAUGUUCACAUGAACAUUGAAGCUGCGCUUACUGAUUUGAUUGGCGAACCUGCCAAGAAACUUCAUCCUGCUCGGAGCCGCAACGACCAAGUCGAGACUGAUUUUCGCUUGUGGUGCCGCGAUGCCAUCGACUCCAUUGUCGAUAGGAUCAAAGAUCUUCAGAUUGCGAUGGUGGAUUUGGCAAUUAAGAAUGCAGGAACUAUUGUUCCAGGCUAUACACAUUUGCAGAGAGCACAGCCCGUCCUACUUCAGCAUCUUCUCUUGGCAUUCGUUGAGCAGCUUGAUCGGGAUUCUGGUCGAUUGCUGGACUGCAGAUCUAGACUGAAUUUCUGCCCCUUAGGAGCUUGUGCAUUGGCUGGUACUGGCCUCCCAAUUGAUCGAUUCACGACUUCGAACGCUUUAGGAUUCUCAUCUCCUUUGAGAAACAGUAUCGAUGCUGUUUCAGAUCGGGAUUUUGCAAUGGAGUUUCUGUCUGCCAAUUCAAUUACAGCCAUCCAUCUUUCUCGUCUGGGAGAAGAAUGGGUACUGUGGGCCUCAGAGGAGUUUGGAUUUAUCACACCUAAUGACUCUGUUUCAACUGGAAGUAGCAUAAUGCCCCAAAAGAAAAACCCGGAUCCAAUGGAACUCGUUCGUGGAAAGUCGGCUAGAGUCGUAGACGAUUUAGUAACCCUUUUAACAUUGUGCAAGGGUCUUCCUCUUGCAUACAACCAAGAUCUGCAGGUUUGAAUUUCUUGACAAUUCAAAUUUCGUUUCCAGAAGGCUUCUCUUGGUCAUCUUGACGCGACUACACUUGCAGACUAUCUCGUGCA